AUGCCCUUGACAUCUCAGGAGCAGAGGCAUAGCAGAGGCAUCAUCGUCAUCAGAUGCAUGCCGAUCCCCCAAAGUGGGCUGCGCCAGGUGACCACCUUGGAGCAGGGCAAAUCAAUCAGGACAGUGCCAAUGCACAAACCCUCAUCCACCGAAGUGCGGACGCUUGUCGAACGCGACCUCACCCAGCAGCAGUCGCGUCUUUCAGAUGCACCUCAGGCGGACGACUCGCAAGACCCGCCGCCAGCCCUGCCAGACUCCGGGUGCGAGCAGGGCCUGGAUCAAGCCGACGCAUCCUACGCUCCAACGGGGACUGCAAACAUCCCAACGCUGGUGCGAUACACGCACGCGCACGACGGCUCUGCCCGGCACGGCCCCGCCCACAUACGGCCCGACGACACCAAGAGGCUCAUCACGAUCACCACGCUGGCACUGGCCGUGGUGUGCGCCUUCACGAUCCUGUCGCUUCUGCUGCCGUCGACCAGGCCGCAGGGAGACGUGUCCCGCUGGUGCGACACCAGCGACUGUCGCCAGUACGCGACGCUGCUCGCGCGCGAGCUUAACCGCAGCGUCGACCCGUGCCAAGACUUCGACGCGUACGUCUGCUCCUCGUGGAAGCCCGACGACCGGUUUCCCCGGAUGUCCCAGACAUCGCUGGAUGACCUCAGCAUCGCCUGGCUGGACGGCUUGCCCGAGCUGCUCGAAGAAGGAGCCAAGGUGACGUCGCUGGCCGCUAAACCGCUGGCCAUGUACUCCUCGUGCGUGGAGAACAGUGGCGCCAGCAAGGCGGACAAGGGUUUGUUUCUCGAGUUUCUCAGGGCUCGCAAACUGGCCUGGCCCGACAAACCACGUGGCGGCGUCCGUGCGCCUGCUGUGUUAGUCGACUUAGCCAUGAAUUGGGAGAUGACGUUGUGGAUGCGCGUCCGCGUGUUGAAGCAUCCGUUCACGCCCGGUGCACGGCGGUUCCUUCUACUACCUGGUCGGAGGAGCGACGUGCGGCUGUUCGCAGCGUUGCACGAGUACGUCAUGUCUACAGGCGACUACGCAAGGUAUUGGGGUCUCAUCUACCAUUUCUUUAUGGGUGAGCAACCUGGUCCCGAGUACGAGAUGGUCAUCAAAGAAAGCGCCGAAUCCCAAGGUGACGCGGUCGCAAUACUCAUACAGAUGGCCAUGCUGAGGUCUUACACGAAUGCCUCACUGAUCCGCAUAACCAACGCGUCCUCCCACGGAAGCGUCGACAUGUGGUUAGAGGCGCUCAGAGAAAAUGACCAGUCAGUGGCCGCCGGCGACGACGUGCUAGUCGCCAAUUCGGCGGCCCUGUUCGUCAUCAAAGGCUACGUCGAGCGCCUCGGCGACGUCGCAGCCCUCAUGCUCCUGUCCUGGGAAUUCGUUCAGAUGCACGUGCUCGCCCUCGACAAGACGCUGCUCGAAGACGUCCUGAGAAGCGGCACGUACGCGGCGAGUUACUUGGCUCUGCUGUGCGCGGCGCAGGUCGAGGCAAUCUACAACCCGGUCUUAGCAAAGCUCUACAUGUCUUCUCGGAUCACGCAGAAGGGAGAGGCGCUAGCGGCCUCCCUGUUAGGAACUCUCAAACAGAAGGCCAUCGACGGUGUGAGCAGGAUGUCUUGGCUGGACGACGCCGCCAGGCAGUUCUUCAAGCGGCAGCUCGCGUCAACCGUCGUACGCCUUUGGCCGCCAGCGACUGUCAAUAACUCGCUCGAUUUCAAGGGACUCUACAACGGCUGCCCUCAGAGCGAACGGUCCUUCGUGAGUUUUUGGAUAAGCGCUCGUCGAUGCCUUAGCGAUCUUCUGCGCGGAAAGCGCCAGGAAGACGUGUUCUCGAUGCAGCCCAACUUCACCCCUUACCUCGCCAGCUACGACUCGUUUGAAGACGCUGUCGGAAUCGCCAUGGCGGCCCUCGCCAGACCCUUGUACUGGAUGAGCGGCACUCCCAGCAUGCUCUACGGUGGUCUCGGCUGGUUCUUCAUGGCGUUCCUGCUGAGUUCGCUGGACGAACAUAAGCAAUACGUGCAUCCCAACGGAAGCUUCGACGUAGCCGGAUCUUGGCUGUCUGAGCAGUCGGCAGAGGCCCUCAAACAAAAGAAAUACUGCGCCGCCCCUGCUCGCGUGUCAGCCGUAGUGGGUCUACACAUCAUCCACUCUGUCUUCGUGGAGCACCUCCGAAACACUUUUCAAUUUAAUCUGACUAGCGAACUCACCGAAGAGAAGGUGUUCUUCAUCACGCUUUGUCGCGUGCUGUGCGCGAAGAAAGGCAGUCUUUGGUCUUUGGAAAGUUGCAACAGACUCCUGCAACACUCCCGAGAGUUUUCGCGAGCCUUCAAGUGUGACGGGAGUUCACCGUUAAUAGUGCACAAGGAAUGCCACUUCUUGCCGCUUGACUCGUAG